GCCUUCUGUGCUUGCUGUUCAUGUGGCAACAAAGAGCACAAAGGGAUGAGGGCAAAGAUACCCUGUUCAGUGUCUUGUAUCUGCGUCAUGUUUGCAUUGAUCUGGGCUUCUUUCCGCUGGUUCUUCUUUGCUUUUUACCUUUGUUUGGGAAAGCUUACUGAGUCACUAGGCUGAUGGUGGAAAUAUUUGCGCAUUGAAAAGAAUCCGCAUUGAGUUUCUCCAAAGACAAUAUGGCUAUUUCACAGGCUUGUUUUAUUGGACUAGAUCGCUGGGAGAGGAUGUUGUAGGGCAGCAGCAGCAGCAGCAGCAGCAGCAGAUUUUCGUAAUACCGUGCGCCAUUCAUGCACACUGUAUUUAAAGGGUUGUGUAAAAAUGGUGAGAGGUCCCUGCCUCAGCUGCAGGGGGACUGAUGAGGUUAAGCAGAAAUGGGGUGGCCAAAUGAAGUGGUUGGGCUCCAUUCAGUUUGAAGGAAGAUUCAAGGGCUGAGAUGGCCUUUGCUGGUCAGGAGGAAUCGGCUUCUACUGGAGGAGAAUGGAUUGUUGGGGGAAAGCGCUGCAGUGAAUUCUUUACUUCCUCUCUUAGAAGGGCAGGUCAUGGUAAGCUUCCAGAUGUGCCUGUAUGUUGGGUUCUGCAUUCUAGCAGAAAAUAACCCCUUCCCAGCUUAUAGCCUCGGAUUCCAACUGUAGAAUUGUUUUAUAAAAUCAGAUUACUAGUUGGUUAUCCACACAUCCUCUUGAUCUCAUUCAGGAAUAGGACACUUGAUUGGUAAUCAGAAGAUGAGCCUUGGAAAUGUAUUCUCCUGCUUUCCUUUUUUAGAUCUUUCCAAGAACAGAUUUACUGAAAUCCCUCCAGAUGUGUGGCAGUUUGCACCGCUUGAGACAUUGAACUUGUAUCACAAUUGCAUCAAAUCUAUCCCUGAAGCCAUUAAAAACCUACAGAUGUUAACAUAUCUCAAUAUCAGCCGGAAUCUCUUAUCUACAUUGCCAAAAUACCUAUUUGAUCUGCCACUGAAAGUUCUGGUUGUCAGCAAUAAUAAGCUCGUGUCCAUUCCUGAAGAAAUUGGAAAAUUGAAAGAUUUAAUGGAAUUGGAUAUUAGCUGCAAUGAGAUCCAGGUCCUUCCCCAACAAAUAGGAAAACUGCACUCGUUAAAAGAAUUAAAUUUAAGAAGAAACAAUCUCCACAUGUUACCUGAUGAAUUAGGAGAGCUUCCUUUGGUCAAGCUGGACUUUUCUUGUAAUAAAAUCACAGAGAUCCCUGUGUGCUACCGGAAGUUACGUCAUUUGCAAGUCAUCGUUCUGGAUAAUAAUCCAAUGCAGAUACCACCAGCCCAGAUAUGCUUAAAGGGCAAAGUACACAUUUUUAAGUUCCUCAGUGUUCAGGCAUGCCUCAGAAUGGAUAAGAAGCCAGACUCUCUGGAUCUCCCUUCCCUGGGAAGAAGAAUCCCUUCUCAGCCGCUCACAGACAGUAUAGAAGACUUCUACCCCAAUAAAAAUCACGGCCCAGACUCUGGAAUUGGUAGCGAUAAUGGCGAUAAAAGAUUAUCCACAACAGAACCAUCUGAUGAUGACACAGUCAGCCUUCACUCUCAGGUGUCGGAAUCAACAAGGGAACAGACGCUCCGAAAUGACAAUCAGUUGCUAGGGAACAAACCUGAGUUGCACAAAGACCCUGAUGUGUGUGAUUACCUGGAUCCCAGCUCAGAGGAUGUGGCAGCUUGUGACCAAGGAGAUCCCCAAACUGGACCAUCCAUCUGUUACAUUAAGGAACGAGGGAAGCCGGCUGAGAAGCCUCAGAAGAGCGAACCCCGUGAAGACUGGCGAGAUGAGAAGAGCAUCCAGAAAGAAAAGGCGUUGGCUGAAGAAGAAGAUGAGCUGAAGGACGUGACCGACCUGCGGAAAAUUGCGGCCCAGCUCUUGCAGCAGGAGCAGAAGAACAGGCUUCUGAAUCACGCCACCCCAGCAAGCACAAGAAACCGGCCAAAACAGACUGUGGACUCAGAAAAAAGCCUUUCUGCAGAUGAAGCACAUUCUCCGUCUUCCCCUUGCGGCUGGCAGUCUCUGGAAGGCCAGAAGGGCCACCCGGAUGAUCCGCACUGGCCGGAGGUGCAGCCGGUAAUCUGGCAGAAUGAGGAAAGGCGGCGAAGCAAGCAGAUCAGGAGGGAGUACUUCAAGUACAAGUCUUCGCGGAAGAGUUCCAGUGGAAAUGAAAAUGAUGAGCAAGACAGUGAUCAUACUAAUGUGUCUCCACAGUCCCCCGUGUCAUCUGAGGAUUAUGAACGGACAGACGGGAAUUCUCAUGGCCCUUUUGGACUAAAGCCCCGAUCAGCGUUUGGGCGUUCUCGUCAAGACUACAGCACUGUAGACCCUGGAUUCACCAUGAGAAGGAAAAUGGAGCAUCUGCGGGAAGAAAGGGAACAGAUUAAGCAGCUGCGCAAUAAUCUCGAGUCGCGGUUGAAAGUCAGCUUGCCCGAAGAUAUUGGAGCUGCGCUCAUGGAUGGGGUGGUUCUGUGCCACCUGGCCAACCAUAUAAGACCACGGUCUGUUGCCAGCAUUCAUGUCCCGUCACCAGCUGUGCCUAAGCUCAGUAUGGCAAAAUGCCGAAGAAAUGUUGAAAAUUUCCUGGAUGCUUGUAAAAAACUGGGUGUGCCGCAGGAAAGACUUUGCUUGCCCCAUCACAUUUUGGAAGAAAGAGGGCUAGUUAAAGUUGGACUCACAGUUCAGGCUCUUCUUGAAAUACCUUCCUCUAAAGCAUCACAGCUCUCCUGCCUGUAAUCAGGCUCUUGCAGAAUGAACUGACUGCCGUGACGUGUGUUGGAUCAAUCCCAAAUAUCUUCACUUCCUCCAGAGGAACUUCCCAAGCCAUUAAACGUCAGUGCUGGCCAGGUGUUCUGGAUGUGUGUUUGGAACCUGGAUGUCAGCUGACAAUUCCCUGGCAGCGUAAAAAAAAACACCUCCUUUCUUUUUUACUGAGAGCCAUAAGAGAUUUCGAGGCCAUCCGGUUCUCUUUCCAGGUAGAACGCAUUCGGAGUUCUCCCCUUCGUUUGUCAUAUCUUUUGCAUUCUUCUUUUUUAAUUGACUUUAUAAAAAAAUUAUUAAAUUGUAUUAGUGUUCCUCUUAGGUCUUGCAGCACACAUUUAACAAGGAAAGACAAGCGCAUCGCUUUUAGAAAUGCUUAUGGUGGGAAAUCCUAACCAGUUGCUGGCUUUUUGGUGACAUUUUGAGAAACAUGCAUUUUUCUGUCUGGGACAUUAUGGAGUAAAGCAGCUCUUAAAAUGGCAUUUACCUUAAAAGUUUAGACAUAUAUUAUUUUCAUGUACAUUUGCCAAAAAAAAAAAAAAAUCACUAUAGCAUAGUAGAAAAUCUGGAUGAGCAAUCACAGAACCAGUUUGACCAGUUUUGAGAAGAUUUGCAUCCUUCAUUUCUUGCACUUCUUACUAUUGUACCAUUUCCAAUAUUUUAGUUGGGUGUAUGCUGGCGAUGACAGAAUAGUAUACAAUAUAAAGGACAAAUUGUGUGGUUAUUUUCAGUAUUCUAGAUUGGUGCCAAAAUAUUUUUCAGUUGUACUGUAGAUUGUUUACAUGUGAAGUGCCUGUGUAAUAACUCUUUUACUAGUCUUAAACAUUUUUGCAGUUUCUUUAUGUCUCAAUAGAUGCAAUGCGUAUUUUUAAAUAUUAGGUUUUUGUAAGAUUGGUAAUACGUGAAGUUUAAAGGACUAACAUCUGAAUGUUGGAUGUUCUUCAGUUUGCACACUUUGAAUUUAUUAAGUUUGGUUUUUAGGAAAAAAAUGUAAAUAUGCUUUUAUUUAUCAUAUUUAAUUUGAUAUGUAAUCAUUUUUAAUGUAUUUGUUGGUCAGUGGAUGUUUCAAAAGUUAUUUUCCUUGUCUGGGAUAAAUAAUGACAUGUAGUGAUUUUAAUUGAGAAUCCUACAGAAGCGUAUUAGUUAAAAGCAUUUCAGUAAAACUGCCAAAAAAAAAUUUUUUUUAAAAGAAUAAUCUCAGGUUUAUAUUGUGAUAGUCAGGUUUUCACAGUUUGCUCCCAACUUCAUACAACCUUUUGUUGUUGUUUUUAAAUGGGGAAGGUCAUAAAAUAGUGAAAACGUUUUAGUGGCGUUUAUCAAAUCUUUGUCCCCCUGGCUGGUUUUAGGGCAUUGAGCUGUUACUUCUGUGCAUUGUGGACAGUGACCCCCUAACUGCAAAUCAGUUUGCCUUGCUCCUUUCUGCCCCUCCAGACCCACUCCAGUGGGGUUGCAAGGGGAGUGUGUGUGUGGAAAGGAGCUACAGCUGGGGGAAUGAGAAGGAGGAAUGGUAUGUCUCUGCAUGACAGCUCAUUCUGAGGUGUCAUCUGUGGUGGCCUCGUCCUUUGCCACCUUUCAGGAGAACAGCCAGUAUUGCAAGCCGCCCCGCUCCCCCCGUUCUUUCAGUGUUGCUCUUCAUUUGGGGGACUGUUUUAUGCUCUGCCUGUUGGAGCAGUUGGGGGCUUGAGAGAUGGUCCCCAACCCUGAGUUCUGUUACGAGUCCCCCCCUUCUCUGCAGAGGACUUCCCCUUCCCAGGGUCCAUGAGAUGUCUGAGAGGGAAGCAUCUCGAGGGAGACCUGCCCCAUAGCAUUUUGAGAUGCCUAGAAAAAGAUUUGCAUUGCUCUGUUUUUAAAAUUAGUAUUUCCAUUGUUCCACAUCCUAGUUAUUAAGGUUCAGCUUUUACCUGUAGAGUAAUUUGGUUAGACUAAUUUAUCUUCUUGUUGAAAUAAUUAAGAAAUUAAUUUCUUUGCACUUUUUUUGUAUCCCAAAGAAUUCCAGUGUUAGUAGAAGAAGGAUGUUGCUAUUGUUGGGUGAAGUUGGGGCUGCGGUUCAACUGUAGAGGUAGCUCGUACGGUGAUCUCUCUCCCCCCAUGUGCCAAGCGAGGGUUGACAUGACCUUCCCCCAUUCCUGCAUAGUAUUACCUGAGGUAGUGGGAGCCCUUUGAUCAAAUGGAAAAUGUAUUGAAUAUAAUGAAGCUUUUAAGGAUGUUUUUAAAUUAAAUUCUUAUUUAUUUCCAUUUCAGGAAAAAUGCUCAGAUGAAUUCUGCCUUUGGGUAGCUUUGGGAUAGAGAGUUAUUUGCCAGGGCAGUUUGGUGUCCUUCUCCCAGUGAAGACAAAUCUUAGUCUAAUUCAGUAUAAAAAAUUUGGGGAGAGAUAAGAAUAGGUGGGUGCAGAUGAGCUCAGCCCAAUCUGAAGAGUCAAGGUGGGUGUCAUUCAUAUAUAUGAUACUUGCAUAGAGGUGGAUUUUGAAGAGGCAAGAAGUCCUUGUUCAUGUCUGUUACCCUUGUCUUCCUCUUCUCUCCUGGGGGCAGUUACUCUGGGACACGCGUGCCAAGUAAGAAUUAGGAUCCAAAAUUGAUUUUGGGUGGCUUCUGUGCCAAUGAUAUUUAGAGAUGUGUUCCUCCGGACGAUGACAGCCCUGUUGAGACUUGGACUGCCUUGUUGGAGGCAGGGAGAAGAGAGCCGUUGUUCUUCAAAAAGAUGCCUGCUUGUUUCUGCGCUCUGUCUAAAUUGGGUUUGGAUUCCAGCCUAGAAUUUCUUUUACCGUAGUCCGUCCUUCUAAGAGCAAAGCACCACAGCUGAACUCACGCAGGACAGUUUGCUGUCCUCUACAGUAUAGAUUGUGAGGCACUAAAAAGGGUUCUUUGCAAGAGGAGGGUUCUUCUCCUUUCUCCACGUAGAUUGCUUUCAGUACCAGCAACUGUCCACCUCUGAAGACACAAUUCUCCAGAGGGCUCUGGAAAGUCUUGUUGGGAGGUCCCUGAGGAGACGUCUCUUCUGCCCCACAGAUCCUCAAGCCUCCCAAGGAAUGCCCUGGCACGAGAUGGGGUUUGUGGCAAAGGCAUGUUGGAAGUGGCUCUCGCUGGGCGUGAGACCGAUUUCUGCCUGCCUGUUCUAAUGCUCAAUAAAAGUGAACCCAGAAGUGUUUAUGUAAGGCUUCUCCUCUAAUUUGCAAAUGUCCUUGGGGACCUGAGUCUUUCGAAUUCUUGAAGUCUCAUUUCUCCAUUUGUUCUGCAUUAAGAUGCAAUUGUGAGCUCAUGUUAAAUUAAAAUGCAUGAAAUUAUUUGUUUAUAUUUAGAUCAGCCUUCCCCAGUCGGUUGUUCUCUGUAUAUAUUGGAGUUCAGUUGCCCUAACCUCCAGCCAGUAUGGGCAUGGUGUCAGGGUGCCUUACUGGGAAAAUUGGGUCUUUAGCAAUUCAUUGGUUUUGUUAUUUGUUGAUUUAGAUGCUUUUAAGGUUAUAAGUGGUAAGAUUUUAGCUCCCUUUAAAUUAAGAGGAAAGCAUCCUGUCUUAAGGAUAAACAAAUGGAAAAAUAGAGGUAAAUGAAAUUCUUAGUUCUCCCCCUCCCCCCCAGGCAUUGGGUAAAUAAAGCAAACUCGUAUUGUUUUAUGGGUGUGUGUGCGGGUGUGGGUGUGUCUAGUUCUUCCAUGUAUUAAUCACUUUUAUUUUGUUUUUUCAUGAAUCUGAUUUUUCUGCCCCGUCCCCUUAUAAAUUUCCCCUUCUCACAAUCUGGCCUCUGUAUGAUUCAUCUGCAGACUUGUUUGUGCAGAGAAUAUCUGGGUUGUCCAGGGGUUUCUAAGUCAGAUAAUUAAUCCAUGGAUGCAACAAAGAAGUAAAUAAUUAGCUCAUAAAAAUGGUUGAUUAUGGAACAGGCACUGUCCUCCACAACAUCCAGUCCAUAGUAGGCUUCAUUCUUGUGACCCACAUCCUUCCAUUUCUUUGAAAUUUUGGUAGCGAUCCAAGCACAGUGAGAGUGCCGCAAUGUGAGUUUGGAUGCCUGCCAAGCCACGUUGAUGCUUAAUUGUGAUGGGGUCAAACAGAGAGUUGUGCAAACUGUUGAAUGAUCUGUGGGACCUCCAUGGACCAAAAGGGUUCAGGUGAUUCAUUCUGUGUUUGUGGGGGUCUUUUUUUUUUUUUAAACCUCCUCCUCGAUUGGUGUCCAUUCCUUUUGUAUCGCCUUCCUUUAAUUCACCAGUUAUGGCCAAAUUCACACAGUUGCUCUUUUUAUAUGCAUAAAUGCAAAUCAGUUUGGAAGUGGCCAGGGACUCCGUCUUUUCCUUCGUGUGGUCGCCAUGUCUGUUGGGCCCUGCCUUUUAAGUCCGUUCUCCUUUCCUGUUCUCCCUUGUGUCAUGUUGUAUAUGACUCUCUGACACUUUCUGGACUAUCUUCUUGCUGGAGCUUCCAACAUACACGUUUCCUGGAACAGUCCUGUUUUGUUUUCUUUUGUACAGAGUUUUCUAUUGGAAUCUGCAUGGAUAACCCUGAUGUACAUACUCUGUGUAUAAAAUGAAAAGUCUUUCGUAA